CUUAGACCGGGAUAUGUAGAGGAUAACUUUGAUAUUUGUAUCACCCUGUAGCAUAGGUAUACACACAUAACAGAGAAUUUAAAUAGAGCACAUAUAACUUGACCAGGUAAGUGUCUAACACUCAACAUGCCGACCUACAAACUGAUGUACUUUGAGAGUAAAGGGCGUGCCGAGGUGAUUAGACUGGCCCUAACUGUAGCAGGACAAGAAUUCGAGGACAAGAGGGUUACAAGAGAAGAAUGGCUGGAAGUCAAACAUACUAUCCCUCAGAAGCAGUUGCCAUGCCUUGAGGUGGAUGGACAAUUCAUUUCCCAGUCUGGUGCGAUCCUACGAUACAUUGGACGGGCAUUCGGUUUAUAUGGAGAAAAUAACGAAGAAAAUACACGCAUUGACGUCAUUCUCGGUGCUACGGAGGAUUUCCUGAAACAUGUUAUUGCUGUAUAUUACGAGAAGGACGAAACCAGAAAAGCAGAACUGAAGAAAGAUCUAGAAGAAAACAAACUGCCUGAGUUCUUUGAUUUAUUGGAGGAAAUUUUAAAGGAACACAAUGGAGGGGAUGGGUUCUUAGUAGGAAAUAAAUUGUCGAUCGCCGACCUUAUGAUUUUCGACACAACAGAUCAAGUAGCUGGUUAUGUUACUACUCCGCCUUUUCCGCCCAAGCUUGGGGCUUUGAUAGAGAAAGUGAAAAACAAUCCCAGAAUUAAGGAGUACAUCUCAAAACAAGCCUCAAAAUAAACAGUAGCGUUGGACACUGUGAAUUGUGCCACCGACAUUAAUGAUGCUGUUCAAUGUACGUCUGAAGAGCAUUGGUUGAAGCUAAGCAGUGACUAUUAUUGAGUAUACUGAAAUAUUUAACUAACUUUGAUAUCAAAGUUCGAAACGUAUUAACAUUGUUUAUCAAGCGCGCCAUACAGCACUGACAUAUUCCUGUAGAAUUAUUUAUCUUAAAAACACCACAUAAAGGUAAACAAUGAUAAAAUACAUCAGAAAACAUGAACUUUUGCAGCUCAUCUGAGCUGAAAGCUAAAGUGAGCUUUCAGGUCACCCAUUGUCCGUCUUCUUUCCGUCUGUCCGUCAGUCUGUAAAUAUUUCACAUUUUCAACUUUUUCUCAAGAAAAUCAUGUCAAAUUUUGAUCAAACUUGUUACAAAGCAUACUUAGAUGAAGGGGAGUUUAAAUUGCUAAAAUAAAGGACCAAUUCCCCUUCAAGGGUAGGUAAUCAAGAAAAGACAGAAAUAGGAUGGAGUCAUUAAAAAAAUCUUUUCAAGAACCACUGGACCAGAAAAGCUGAAACUAAUGUGGAAGCAUCCUGGGGUAGUGAAGUUUCUAAAUUGUUCAAAUUAUGACCCCCCACCCCCGGGUAUAGCAGGGCCAAAUAGAGAAUCCAAGUUUUACAUAGAAAUAUAUAGGAAAAAGCUUUUAACAACUUUGAUAAUAUCAAGAAAAAAUUUAGAAAUCUUCUUCUCAAGAACCACCGGCCAAUAAAAGCUGAAACUUACGUGGAAGUAUCCCGGGGUAUUUUAGAUUCUAAAUUGUUUGAAUCGUGACUUUUGAGGAUAGGACGGGGUUACAAAGAGGGAAAUCUGUUGAAGAACAGAAUGGCCAAAGUUACUCAGGUGAGCUAUGUGGCCCAUGGGUCUCUUGUUAUUUAUUGUUUCUGAGGAUAUGCAUUCUUAAUGCUUUUUAUCCAAUGAUUUUUCUACAUGGUUCAUUUUUUUGUUAAUCAGAGUAAGUUAAAGUGCUCGGUGUUGAGAAUUUAUAUAUACUUACUUAAUUGUUGAUAAAACAAAAAAUGUCAUGUUAUAUAUUUAUUCAAAUGAAGUACUUUAAAGGAUAAUAUUUGG